AUGGGAGUGUCAGGGUAACAUUUCAAUGUUUGCUUUACCCUGCCAGCAUAUAAUAAUAAUAAUAAUAAUAAUAAUAAUAAUAAUAAUAAUAUGCCAUUUAGCAGACGCUUUUAUCCAAAGCGACUUAGUCAUGUGUGCAUACAUUUUUUACGUAUGGGUGGUCCCGGGGAUCGAACCCACCACCUUGGCGUUACAAGCGCCGUGCUCUACCAAUUGAGCUACAGAGGCCUCUUUACACUACUUCGACAACACAAACUAGGUCCAGGAGAGAUACUUGUGUAGUGUAAAGAGAUUAUCUAGAUUAAAGCUGCCAUAAUAAACUUUUUGGGCAACCUGACCAAAUUCACAUAGAAAUGUGUGUUAUAGAUCUGUCAUUCUCAUUGAAAGCAAGUCUAAGAAGCAGUAGAUCUGUUCCAUGUGCACUAUUUCUAUACUUCCCGUUAAGUUUAGUUUUUGCAUCUUUUACUUUCGGUUUUGUACACCACAUUCAAACAGCUGAAAAUAAAAAAAAUAUUUUUGGUUAGGGAAAAUAUAUUUCACAGCGGUUUAGAUGGUACAAUGAUACACUAUACUUGCUUGUUUUGUCACACAAACUAUUAGAAUUUCAGGAACCAGGAAAUGGCGGCUUUUGUGGUGACUGUUGUCGAUGUGUGCAGAGGGUCCCUGGUUCAAGCCCAGGUAGGGGCGAGGAGAGGGAUGGGAAGCAACACUGUUACAUCUGCAUAGGGCGUCUUUAAAAUCUCUCUUUAAGAGACGUCUCCCACACUACCUCUGGAGGUAGACAUGUACACCACAUACCCCCUCUGAGUUUUGGCGUAAAGACAAGCCCUUGGCUACGGAUACAUUUACGCCCGACCCUUCCAGAAACCUCUUUGUUAAACUAAGGAUCCGGAUCACGUUCUGCACAUGUUAUUUUACGCAUUCGUAUGUGCUUUUUACCCCACAUCCCCUCGCAGCUUAGCCAAUGUUUGCAAUGAUGAUGAAAAAAAUAACGUUCAAUCGCUAAUUGGACUGCGUGUCUGUGUCUUGCUGCGUUUCACUGGGCAGGAGAGUGUGUAUCUGUAUCCAGACGGGUGAAAAUAGUCUGGAAAUGGGCGAGUUCGUUUUGCCAUAUGCUGAUAUCGUGGCGAGAGUAAAUAGCUGCAUGUAACUCAGCAGCUAAGAAGAACAUGACAUCGCUAGACUGACUGACUCUGUUUGUAUCGUGCUUAUGUUUGCAAUACUGACAACAAAGUUUGUAUGAACAUGUAAAUAGCUGCAUGUAGCCUACUCCCCUCAUGAAAAAAGAACAUGAAAACGCCCAUGUGCUUAAAAGCCUACUGAGGGAAUGCAAUAGUUUGUAGUCUUCACCAGUGACCAGACAAAGGCGAUCAAGGAGGGGAGGGGAGUGGCAGCGGAGCACUCAGCAUAGCAGCAGAGUGGCGAGUCGGUAAUUUUUUGCCUGGGCAAAUUGGGAUACAGAAACUCCGUAUCUGUAGCCACUCCGUAAAAACAACAAUGUCCCUGCAAGAAUUACCUUCAUACCAGUAGACAGCAUUUUUGCUCUGUUAGCCAAAUACAACAUUAAAGUCUUUAAAAAUAUCCACACAUUUGUCAAUAAUUGCAUUAAUCAAGUGUGCAGCACUGUGCAAUAUGGUUUAGAUGAGAAGCUCCUGUAUCGUUUUAAUUGCUAUCCUUAUUUUAUUUGUCUAUAUACUAUGGCGUUUACGGUAUGCAAAUAGCUGUCCUCACCAUAGCCGCAGGAUGCAGGGGCUGCAGCACCCCCUGAAUCAUAAACAAAUAUAUAUGUGUGUAUAUAUAUAUAUAUAUGUAUAUGUAUAUAUAUAUAUGUGUAUAUAUAAUAAUUUAAAAAAUUGGGGGGGGGGUAUUUUUUUCUCAAAGUAGUGCACUGGGCCAUUAAUAGUCCUGUGUUAGCGGAUAUAUCAGUUAGGCAAAAAUAUUUGUCCAGCCCCCCCCCCCCACCCCCAUUUUACAGCACCCCCACCCCCAAACUACUUCCUGUGGCUAUGGUCCUCAGGCAUGAAGCAGGAAUCCAAGGCUACACCACAUCCAAGGCUAGUGUAAACAGAAAAGUUGCAAAUCUGAUGUGGAAGAGCAAUAUAUCUAACUAGACAUAUUUUACUAAUGUAAAUGGCCCCUAAUAAGCCUGUAAAGGGAGCAGAACAUAUUUUGAUAUCCAAGAUCAUGUCAAGGCUGUAAAGCUAAAGAAAUUGAUGCUUCAUAAUGACAUUUUAGACAAAUAGAUGUAGCUAUAUCAAUAAAUUAAUAACAUUUUGUUUGUUUGCCCUCCAGGUCCAAGAUGUCUGUGAGCAACCACGAGAACAGGAAAUCCCGCUCUAGCUCUGGCUCCAUGAACAUCCAGUUGUUCCACAAGACGUCUCAUGCAGACAGCCUCCUGACCCAGCUCAACCUGCUCCGUAAGCGAAGAGUCUUCACUGACGUGGUCCUGAGGGCCGGGAACCAUGUCUUCCCUUGCCACCGCGCAGUGCUGGCCUCCUGCAGCCGCUACUUUGAGGCCAUGUUUAGCGGAGGCCUGAGGGAGAGCCGCGAUGCCGAGGUCAACUUCCACGACUCGCUGCACCCAGAGGUGCUGGAGCUGCUGUUAGACUACGCCUACUCGGCCCGCAUCAUCAUCAACGAGGAGAACGCAGAGUCCCUUCUGGAGGCCGGGGACAUGCUCCAGUUCCACGACAUCCGAGACGCCUGCUCUGAGUUCCUAGAGAAGAACCUGGCACCGUCCAACUGCCUGGGCAUGAUGCUGCUGUCGGACGCCCACCAAUGCCAGCGGCUCUACGAGCUCUCCUGGAGGAUGUGCCUGGCCAACUUCGCCACCCUCAACAGGACGGAGGACUUCCUUAAUCUCCCUAAAGACAAGGUCCAGGAGCUGGUGUUCAGCGAGGAGCUGGAGGUGGAGGAUGAGAGCCUGGUAUAUGAGGCUGUGAUAGACUGGGUGAAGGCGGACAUGGAGAGGAGGCUGGGCGACCUGCCGGAGCUGCUGCGCUGUGUGCGUCUGGCCCUGCUGCCUGAGACAUACCUGCUGAAGAACGUGGCCUCUGAGGAGCUGGUGAUGGGCCACAAAGUGGGCCGGGAGAUCGUGGAGGAUGCGGUGCGCUGUAAGAUGAGGAUCCUCCAGAACGACGGCAUUGUGACAGGGUUCUGCGCCCGGCCUAGGAAGGUCAGCCAGGCCCUUCUUCUCCUGGGAGGCCAGACCUUCAUGUGUGACAAGGUGUACAUGAUCGACAACAAGACCAAGGAGAUCACCCCCAAAACUGACAUCCCCAGCCCCCGUAAGGAGUGCAGCGCCUGUGCCAUCGGCUGCAAGGUCUACGUGACCGGGGGGAGGGGCUCAGAGAACGGGGCCUCCAAAGACAUGUGGGUCUAUGACACCCUGCAUGAUGAGUGGUCUAAAGCCGCGCCCAUGCUGGUGGCCAGGUUCGGACACGGGACAGCGGAGCUUGACCACAUCCUGUACGUUGUAGGUGGACACACCUCUCUGGCCGGCUCCUUCCCAGCCUCUCCAUCAGUCUCUCUCAAACAGGUGGAGCAGUAUGACCCACAGACCAACAAGUGGACCCUUGUAGCUCCUCUCAGAGACGGGGGUUAGCAAUGCUGCAGUGGUGGGGGCCAAGAACAAGCUGUUUGUCUUCGGGGGCACCAGCGUCAACCGAGAUAAGUUUCCCAAGGUGCAGUGCUUCGACCCGGUCCAGAACAGGUGGACAGUGCCUGCUUCGUGCCCUCAGCUCUGGCGCUACACGGCGGCGGCUGUGGUAGGUAACCACGUCGUAGUGAUCGGUGGGGACACAGAGUUCUCGGCCAGCUCGGCCUACCGCUUCAACAGUGAGACGUACCAGUGGUCCAAGUUCGGGGACGUGAUGGCCAAGAGGAUCAGCUGUCACGCAGUGGCGUCGGGGAACCGGCUUUACGUUGUGGGGGGCUACUUUGGUGCUCAGAGGUGCAAGACCCUGGACUGUUACGACCCUUCUAAAGACUCGUGGGAUAGCGUGACCAGUGUGCCCUACUCGCUGAUCCCCACAGCUUUCGUCAGCACCUGGAAGUAUCUCUCAGCAUAGUGACGGGGCAACAGGAAGAAGUGGCUGUUAGGAUCACUGGUGAGUUGCUUCUUCAAACACGUACAAAACACAACAGGUCACAGGUUGCACAGACCCAGGUUAGGCCUACUCUAAAAAAACAAUGUGAAUGGAAACUCUGGAGUGUAUUCCCAAAGUUGUUGGGGAGACGAAUUGAUAAACCAUUUUUUAAGAGGGCGGCACAGACAAUCACAUAUCUUUUAAAAGAAACAUGCAGAUGAGGAGACAGUUUGUCUCUGCAGACGUGUUUCAAAUCAGUCAGCAAUGGAAACAACUAAUGAAAGAAAAAAAAAACUAAUUGUUAACACAUGCGCCCCCCUCUAGAUCAACCAAAAUCUUAUAAAUCUAGAGGACAGUGUGUAGGACGAGAGGUCAAGUCAUGUUGUUCCACUCUGAUCUAGUCUCAAUUGAUAUUAGAGCAUCACUCUCCUUCAUAGCUGUUCCCCCUUACAACACUAUGGCCUUGUACAGAGGUAAUAAUACAAAUAGUUGACUGGAUUUAUAUAGCGUUCAAGGACUUUACAACACUGUCGGUCGGCGAGAUCAGUCAGUCGUCCUCUCUUGUCAGUCCAGUAUCAGUGACCCCAGGCUGACAUCAGAAGGGGCCGACGAACAGUUUAUCAAUCCUCUGUUGUCGUGGUUGUCAUGGUUGCCGAUGAUUACAAUAUUAUCUAAUGUUGGCCUCUGGCUGGGUGCUGGAUGAUGAACAUGGAAAAGUCAGUAGUUUAUGGAGCAGUAGGAAAUCGGGAUGUCAGCCUGGCAGUAAUUACAGACACACAGAGCCGCUUCACGUCGCUCUAGCCCUCAAUCACUCUCAGCAGAGUUCAGGCCUGUGCUUGCAAUGCACUGCAGUCCCUUGGUGAGGAUUGUGCAAUAUCUGUGAGCUGUCCCAGGCCUACGGCUAUAUCCUCUAGGUCCUAGGUGUGGCAGCAACACAAACAAUUUACGCUCAACAAAAAUAUAAAUGCAACGUGUAAAGUGUUGGUCGCAUGUUUCAUGAGCUGAAAUAAAAGAUCCCAGAAAUGUUCCAUACGCACAAAAAGCUUAUUUCUCUCAUUUGGUGCACACAUUUGUUUACAUCCAUGUUAGUGAGCAUUUCUCCUUUGCCAAGAUCAUCCAUCCACCUGACAGGUGUGGCAUAUCAAGAAGAUGAUUAAACAGCAUGAUCAUUACACAGGUGCACCUUGUGCUGGGGGCGGUAAAAGGCCACUCUAAAAUGUUCAGUUUUGUCACGCAACACAAUGCCACAUAUGCCAAAAGUUUUGCGGGCGCGUGCAAUUGGCAUUGCUGACUACAGGAAUGUCCACCAGAGCUGUUGCCAGAUAAUUUUAUGUUAAUUUCUUUACCAUAAGCCGCCUCCAACGUCGUUUUAGAGAAUUUGGCAGUACGUCCAACCGGCCUCACAACUGCAACCACGUGUAACCACUCCAGUCCAGUACCUCCACAUCCGGCUUCUUCACCUACGGGAUCAUCUGAGACCAUACCCCCCGGACAGCUGAUGAAACUGUGGGUUUGCACAACCGAAGAAUUUCUGCGUGCUCGUCGUCCUCACCAGGAUCUUGACCUGACUGCAGUUUGGCGUCGUAACCGAUUUCAGUGGGCAAAUGCUCACCUUCGAUGGCCACUGGCACACUGGAGAGGUGUGCUCUUCAUGGAUGAAUCCCAGUUUCAACUGUGCAUGGCAGACAGCGUGUAUGGCGGUUUGCUGAUGUCAACGUUGUGAACAGAGUACCCCAUGGUGGCGGUGGGGUUAUGGUAUGGGCAGACAUAAGCUACGGACAACUAACACAAUUGCAUUUUAUCGAUGGCAAUUUUGAAUGCACAGAGAUAACCAUGACGAGAUCUCGAGGCCCAUUGUCGUGCCAGUCAUCCGCUGCCAUCAGCCAGGCACGGCCUCAUGUCGCAAGGAUCGGUACACAAUUCCUGGAAGCGGAAAAUGUCCCAUUUCUUCCAUGGCCUGCAUACUCACCAGACUGAUGUCACCCAAUUGAGUAUGUUUGGGAUGCUCUGGAUCGAUGUGUAUGACAGUGUGUUACAGUUCCCGCCAAUAUCCAGCAACUUCGCACAGCCGUUGAAGAGGAAUGGGACAACAUUCCACAGGCCACAAUCAACAGCCUGAUCAACUCUGUGUGAAGGAGAUGUCAUGCUGCAUGAGGCAAAUGGUGGUCACCCCAGAUACUGACUGGUUUUCUGAUCCAUGCCCCUACCUAUUUUUCAAGGUCUCUGUGACCAACAGAUGCAUGUCUGUAUUCCCAGUCAUGUGGAAUCCGUAGAUGAGGGCCCAAUUAAUUUUUCAAUUGACUGAUUUCCUUAUGAACUGUAACUCACUAAAAUCUUUGAAAUUGUUGCAUGUUGCGUUUUAUAUCUUUGUUCAGUAUAAAAUAGGCUACUAAAAUCAUUCCAAACCUGAUUUUAAAAGGCAAAUGUAGUUUAGCGGUAUUGGGAGGCUGACUUUAGGACCAUGUGGACGCCUGGGAGCUGGAGGGAAGGCUGACUUUAGGACUAUGUGGACGCCUGGGAGCUGGAGGGGGGCUGACUUUAGGACCAUGUAGACGCCUGGGAGCUGGAGGGAAGGCUGACUUUAGGACCAUGUGGACGCCUGGGAGCUGGAGGGAAGGCUGACUUUAGGACUAUGUAGACGCCUGGGAGGGAAGGUGAGGAAAGGCUGACUUUAGGACUAUGUAGACGCCUGGGAGGGAAGGUGAGGGAAGGCUGACUUUAGGACCAUGUGGACGCCUGGGAGGGAAGGUGAGGGAAGGCUGACUUUAGGACUAUGUAGACGCCUGGGAGUGGGAGGGAAGGCUGACUUUAGGACCAUGUAGACGCCUGGGAGCUGGAGGGAAGGCUGACUUUAGGACUGUAGACGACUGGGAGCUGGAGGGAAGGCUGACUUUAGGACUAUGUGGAUGCCUGGGAGCUGGAGGGAAGGCUGACUUUAGGACCAUGUAGACGCCUGGAGGGAGGGAAGGUGCAGGAAAGGCUGACUUUAGGACCUAUGUAGACGCCUGGGAGCUGGAGGGAAGGCUGACUUUAGGACCAUGUAGACGCCUGGGAGCUGGAGGGAAGGCUGACUUUAGGACCAUGUAGACGCCUGGGAGCUGGAGGGAAGGCUGACUUUAGGACCAUGUGGACGCCUGGGAGCUGGAGGGAAGGCUGACUUUAGGACCAUGUGGACGCCUGGGAGCUGGAGGGAAGGCUGACUUUAGGACUAUGUGGAAGCCUGGGAGCUGGAGGGAAGGCUGACUUUAGGACUAUGUGGACGCCUGGGAGCUGGAGGGAAGGCUGACUUUAGGACCAUGUGGACGCCUGGGAGCUGGAGGGAAGGCUGACUUUAGGACUAUGUGGACGCCUGGGAGCUGGAGGGAAGGCUGACUUUAGGACUAUGUGGACGCCUGGGAGCUGGAGGGAAGGCUGACUUUAUCGAUGCAGCUGCAAGGAACUACUGUUUGACUUGACAUGAAACUAAACUGGGGGGGUGACUGGCAUUAGGCUGAGUAACUCUCUUAGAUGGCUGUAGGUAACUACCGUUUGACUUGAUGAACUAAACUGGGGGGGAUGACUGGCAUUAGGCUGAGUAACUCUUCAUUAGAUGGCUGUAGGUAACUACUUUUGACUGACAUGAAACUGACUGGGGGGGUGACUGGCAUUACGCUGAGUAACUCUCUAUUAGAGUGGCUGAGGUAACUACUUUACUGACAUGAAACCUAAAAAUGGGGGGGAUGACUGGCUAGGCUGAGUAACUCUCUCAUUAAGAUGGCUGUAGGUAACUACUGUUUGACUUGACAUGAAACUAAACUGGGGGGGAUGACUGGCAUUAGGCUGAGUAACUCUCUCAUUAAGAUGGCUGUAGGUAACUACCGUUUGACUUGACAUGAAACUAAACUGGGGGGGAUGACUGGCAUUAGGCUGAGUAACUCUCUCAUUAAGCUUUGGUGCCUUGCUCUGUUUUCAGCCAGUCAGUCAGACAGACACCAAAGCUUGGUGAGAGUCACUCAGCCUGCUGCUGUGCUGCAAUAUAAAUGGGAAAUCGGAUUUUUCAGAAGCCCACUAACCCCCCCCCCCCCCCCCCCACACACACACACACACACACACACACACACACACACACACAUACAGUUGAAGUCACAAACACUACAUCAUUGCUCACAUACAGUACAAGCUGCUGCUACUCUGUUUAUCUUAUAUCCUGUUGCCUAGUUCCCUUACCCCUAUACAUACAGUUGAAGUCUGAAGUUUACAUACACCUUAGCCAAAUACAUUUAAACUCAGUUUUUCACAAUUCCUGACAUUUUAAUCCUUGUAAAAAUUCCCUAUUUUAGGUCAGUUAGGAUCACCACUUUUAUUUUAAGAAUGUGAAAUGUCAGAAUAAUAGUAGAGAGUGAUUUAUUUCAGCUUUUAUUUCUUUCAUCACAUUCCCAGUGGGUCAGUACUAAUACACUCAAUUAGUAUUUGGUAGCAUUGCCUUUAAAUUGUUUUAACUUGGGUCAAACGUUUCAGGUAGCCUUCCACAAGCUUCCCACAAUAAGUUGGGUGAAUUUUGGCCCAUUCCUCCUGACAGAGCUUGUGUAACUGAGUCAGGUUUGCAGCCUCCUUGAUCGCACACGCUUUUUCAGUUCUGCCCACAAAUUUUCUAUAGGAUUGAGGGUAGGGCUUUGUGAUGGCCACUCCAAUACCUUGACUUUGUUGUCCUUAAGCCAUUUUUCCACAACUUUGGAAGUAUGCUUGGGGUCAUUGUCCAUUUGGAAGACCCAUUUGUGACCAAGCUUUAACUUUCUGACUGAUGUCUUGAGAUGUUAGACCACUGACCCCCGAGUGGCGCAGUGGUCUAAGGCACUGCAUCGCAGUGCUAGCUGUGCCACUAGAGAUCCUGGUUCGAAUCCAGGCUCUGUCGUAGCCGGCCGCAACCGGGAGACCCAUGGGGCGGCGCACAAUUGGCCCAGCGUCGUCCAGGGUAGGGAGGGAAUGGCCGGCAGGGAUGUAGCUCAGUUGGUAGAGCAUGGCGUUUGCAACGCCAGGGUUGUGGGUUCGAUUCCCACGGGGGGCCAGUAUGAAAAAAAAUAUAUAUAUAUAUAUUUUUUUUUUCAUACUGGCCCCCCGUGGGAAUCGUUACAUUUACAUUUUAGUCAUUUAGCAGAUGCUAGAGCAACUAUCGUCAUUACUGCCAUCCCGGCCGCAUGUACUUCCAGAAAAGGUCAAAAUAAAGUUACAUGCAACCAAGAAAUGCCUUUUCUGGAAAUAAUCUAAGUAAUGUUUUUCAGCAAGUGCGCAUGCGCCAAAUCCAUCUGCACAUCCUGUGAUAUUAGUAAUGGAAUUAAAAUACACUAAAUAAAGCCCAUUUUAGAAAUAUACCAUCACUGUAAAAACCUAUCAGAAGCUUCUAAAGCCAUGACAUCAUUUUCUGGAAUUUUCCAAGCUGUUUAAAGGCACAGUCAACUUAGUGUGUAUGUAAACUUCUGACCCACUGGAAUUGUGAUACAGUGAAUUAUAAGUGAAAUAAUAUUUUCAAAUACAUCAUACACAUGGUUUCUGUGUGUUUGCCAUUCCAUUUAUUCCGUUCCAGACAUUAUUAUGAGCCGUCCUUCCCUCACCAGCCUCCGCUGAAACAAACACACACGAGACGCCUGCCUCUCAACCAUGUCAGAGGUCUAAAGAGGGGAUGUGAGUGAGGGCAGAUAGAGGCUCAGGGACUGUUCUUAAAGGUCAACUUUGGCCCAAAAAACAAAAAUAAUAGCUUUUAAACUGUAUAGCUGAUCAAUGCACCAUCACACCAGGUCAUUUUAAUGAUUUAAAACAAAAGAAAAUGGAUGAAUACAAUUUUUUGCUACAGAAGUGCCGUUUCUUACCGAUCUCUACAGCUUCUGUCCAUAAACGAAUCCUGUGAAAUGACGUCAACACAUACUGGAGGAGCUACUAGCUAGCUACAACUGGCUAGCUUAGCUAACCAACUAACUACGUCGGUCGCGGCGUGCAUGACCAGAAUGACACAUCGAUGACCCACCAAAGGCACACCCCUUUUCUGUUUGAAAAUUGAGAAAGAGGAGGAGUUGGAACUUUUUCCAUGCUCAAAGUUGAUGUUUAACCACUGCCAAAAUGUGGUGGCUUUUUGUGCGCUUUUAAGCAGCCGUGGCAUCACACAGGUGGGUGCUACAUGUUCGGCAAUGGAGGACCAGUACCUACGGAGGAGCGGGUCCUAUGGAGGACCAGUACCUGCAGAGGAGCGGGUCCUAUGGAGAAACUGACCGUCAGAGAAGCAGAUGUGGUGAACUGAUGAAUCGCUCUGGGCCUGUUUGUCAGACAGUCUUUGUUUCUCUCUGGCUCUACCAUCGAUGCCCCUCUGCUGAAGCUACACUGCCUUUCCAAUCCUAACUGUCUCAACUGCCAGCCUUUUCAUCCCAAGCCAGAUAGAUGUUCCAUCUCAAUUUAAAUGUUUAUUUGUUUGGCUUUUUAUGGGCGUUGAGAUUUAUUUUCUGUAAUGAAAGCGCUAUACAAGUUAAAUUAUUAUUAUCACUGUGUUUCAACAUGCUUAUGAAACCACCCUGUCUUCCACCCAUACUACAAAUACCACACACACACACACACCCUUUUCCUUCUAAUUCUAGAGGAAUAAAGGUUUCAGCUCCAUUGGUAAUGAUUUGUGGUGGGGAGAUUUCAGUUGUCUUGGCAGUUUGUUCUAGUGUAAUUAUCAGCUAGUUUUCACCACUCUUCUCUCCAGAUGGGUCUGACCACAGAUUCAGGCCACCAUCCAUUCACUCACUGUUGAUGGAGAAAAAAAAUAUUUGUGACUGUAAACACUCAAAUUAUGGUUUGUCGUAGACUCAUAGUCUAGACAAGAAACAAUCUGUGUUUUUAAAUGUUUUUACUGUAGAGCAGAGGUGUAAGUGUUGAUUGUUGAGUGAGUUCCAUUUCUCACACACACGGCAGCAGGAACAUUCAGACAAUUACACCAGUGAUAUUAUGGCAGGAUACCAGUGCAACAGUUUAACACACUGAAACAAAAUGGAUACAUCUAAAAACGGUAUGAAAGGGAAAAUAAUUCAAAACCAAAACAACAGAAACCCCCUCCUGGAUUCACCCCAGAAGGGUGGGAUAGAGAAAUGAAUAAAUGAGACUGCAUAUAAACCAUCUAAACUGGAAUAAACAUUUCAGUAACGGGUGCAAUAAAUUCAACUAACAGAUUAGAUUAGUUUAGAAAAAUGUUAUUUUAUCUUUGUGUUGCAUAUGAUUUAAUGCAAAAACACCACCGAUUUUUGAAACAAACAAUUAAAAAAAAAUCAAACUGCAAUAGAGCAUGCUGGGAAAUAUAAUGAUGGGUGUGGUUUUGAGUGUUUUACUCUACACAGAAUAAGAAGGACAAUAGAGUUAAUUUACACCACUGAGUGUUAAUUUCACUCUUUUUGCAGAGUUAAUUGAACUAUUUUAGAGUAAAAUAAUAGGAAUUCUUCUGUAAUGACUCCAUAAUUUCCUGUGGAUUUGUUCUGUUUUCCUUUGCUUGCAUAGUCCCCUAGAGUAGUUAAUCAUGAGUUGAGGGAGUUGGGUCUUAGCUGGUGGGGGGGGGGGGGGGGGGGGGGGGGGGGGUAUCCUAGCUUAGCCCCAACACUGUGCUGGUGACUGGUGUAGGACUACAGGCAGACAGAUUGUAACCGGAGAUCUGAGCACAAAGUUCAACGCGGUCUCCUCGGACACCCAACAGGCCUAGCAAUGGCUGUUUGUUCUCACUCCCUCUCUCCUCUCCUCCUGUCUCCUUUCUCCUGCCUCCCCUCUUCUUUCUCCCCCUCCUCUCCCUCUCUUUUUCUGCCCCCCUCCUCUCACAAACAUCCCAGAAACAGAGGCCCAUUUAACGGUUCCAACUGAAACCUGAGGCGGUGGGUGGCUCUGUGUGAUGGGGCACACCUGGGCAGGGUCAUAGGUCAGUGGGCAGGCUUCAGUGGGCCUCCCCAGACUGCUGUUAAAGAAGGGGGCAGAGGAUAGUGGGGAGGAGGGAGGCCCGCUGCUCAAUACUAACGUUUUAUUAAAGGCCACCAGGAACGCUCUCUGAAUGAGCCUUUUUGAAAGGGCAUCUGUGUUCAGCGUCCCCUCCCUCCCUUCUCUAGAGAGAGAGAAACACGCCGGGUGAGCUCAGGGCGCGUGCCCCCACUCCGUCUUGAGUCUCCAGAGUAA